AUGCCGCCUCCGGAGCCCAUGCCCGGCUACGGGACCUUGCUCCGCCGGGGCUACGGGAGCCUGGCCGAGGCCGCCCGGGGCUGCGGGGACUGCGGCUGGGAGCUGGCGAGGCGGACCUGGGCCGAGAACGCUCACCUGGGCUGGGCGGAGGUGCUGCUGUGCGGGCUCUGCGCGCUGGGCUGGACCGCGCUGCGCUGCGCCUGCUCCCGCAGCAUCUUUCGGCCUUUCGGGGAAUGGUGCAACCUGCAGCCGAAAGAUGCUGCCAAGAUGCCUGAGAGUGCCUGGAAGCUGCUUUUCUACACCUUGUCCUGGUCCUACGGCACCUACCUGCUCUUCUUCACCGACUACCCCUUCUUCCACGACCCCCCCUCCGUCUUUUACGGCUGGAAGAAGGGCAUGGAGGUGCCCACGGACAUCGCCGUGGCGUACCUGCUGCAGGGCAGCUUCUAUGGCCACUCCAUCUACGCCACGGCCUACAUGGACACGUGGCGCAAGGACUCGGUGGUCAUGCUGCUGCACCACGUGGUGACCCUCACCCUCAUCGCCUCCUCCUACGCCUUCAGGUACCACAACGUGGGGAUCCUGGUGCUGUUCCUGCACGACAUCAGUGACGUGCAGCUCGAGUUCACCAAGCUCAACGUGUACUUCAAGCACCGGGGGGGGGGUUAUCACCGCCUCAACGAUGUCAUCUCCAACGUGGGCUGCCUCACCUUCAGCGUCAGCUGGUUCUGGUUCCGUCUCUACUGGUUCCCCCUCAAGGUCCUCUAUGCCACCUGCUACUCCAGCCUCCAGUCGGUCCCAAACAUCCCCUUCUACUUCUUCUUCAACGCUCUGCUCCUCAUCCUCACCCUGAUGAACAUCUACUGGUUCCUGUACAUCGUCCUGUUCGUGGCCAAGGUGCUGAUGGGGCAGAUGCAGGAGGUGAACGACGUGCGCGAGUACGACGUGGAGGACACCGGGAAAAGCGCCAGGGCCCGGAAGAGGGAGGCUGGAAUCCAACUGCCCAAGGCUCUGAAGGAAGGGCUGCACCUCAGGAACGGGCUCGUGAAGGACAAGAGGUUGUGAGGGUGGCGUGGCCGUGGCAGCUGCCAGGACCUGGGACCGACCAGGACCCUGCACUGGGAGCCAGCGAAGGAAAGGCACGAGGAGAACUUCAUCCCUGACCCCCUUCCCUCCCCUGC